AUGGCUCAAAACAGUCUAGAGCGCGUAACCUCGAACAAACUCGGCGAGCUUGAGCCUCACGGGAAAGCUCUCGAAUCGCUUGGCCAAACUGCGGGUCACGAUGCUGUCUUCCAGGCCCAGGCCACUAUGAUCAAUCAGGCUAUCGAAGACAUCGGAAUGGGAAAAUAUCAAUGGACCCUCUUCGGCCUGGCAGGCUAUGGUUGGCUCUGUGACCAGCUUUGGGAGUCCUCUGUGUCAAAUGCGCUUCCUGAAAUCGCCAACGAGUUCCAGCCCAGGAGGUCCGGCUUCCUGAUUGUCGCACUGAUGGUUGGGCUGAUUCUGGGGGCUUCUUUUUGGGGCCUGGGCUGUGACCUGAUUGGAAGGCGCUGGGCGUGGAAUCUGUCACUCCUGUUCGCGUGUGUCUUUGGGCUUGUCGCAGCAGGCUCCAACAGCUGGGUGACGUGCUGCUCCCUCAUUGCACUCUCCGGCUUCGGGAUCGGUGGUAAUCUUCCCGUUGACGGCACAGUAUUCCUUGAAUUUCUGCCCGGCACCCACCAAUACCUGCUCGAGAUUUUGACAGUGUGGUGGGCAGCCGGACAAUUUAUCGCUGCAUUCGCUUCUUGGGGGUUGUUGUCCCACUACUCUUGCAGCUCGGACACUCCCGCUGGAGAGUGUCGGAAGGCAGACAACAUGGGAUGGAGAUAUCUGUUCAUCCUCAUGGGCGGGCUGACGAUGAUCGGUUUCUGCGUCCGGUUCUUUGUGUUCAGGCUCUACGAGUCUCCCAAGUAUUUGGUCAGUUUGGGCAAGUAUGAAGAAGCCAUUGACGUUCUCAACAAGGUGGCCAAGUACAACGGUGUUACGCAGUCCCUGACCGUCGAACACCUGAGGGCCGCCGAACAAAACGCAGAGUCCACUGACCACCGUCGGGAGCACUUCAAGCGAGCUGUGGCGCAUCUAGGUCCACGCGGCUGGAACAAUAUCCGUGUCCUUUGGAGUACGAAGAAACUCGCCCUCAGCUUUGCCCUCGUCAUGUUGCUUUGGGGAAUGAUCGGAAUGGCCAAUCCAAUCUACAACAGCCUCCUUCCGAUAUAUCUCCAGAUCCACGGGGCCGAGUCAGGUGACUCAAGUACUGGAACGACCUAUCGCAACCUACUCGUCACCAUCGUGUGCAGUAUCCCCGGAACUCUGCUGGGCGGCUAUCUCAUUGGCAUGAAGCGAAUUGGCCGGAAAGGAACGUUAGGCUUCUCCUUGUUGUUGACGGGUGCUUUCCUGUUCGCCUUCACCACUGCUCGGACCCAAGGAACGAUCCUCGCAUUCAACUGCAUUAUUUCCUUUACGCAGUACAUCAUGUGGGGCGCCUUGUACUACUACACUCCUGAGGUUUUCCCAACUUUUCACAGGGGAACUGCGGUUGGCCUUGCGGCAAGCUUCAAUAGAGUCUGUGGUCUGGCAGGCACGCUGAUUACGACUUAUAGUGGGUUUACAAAUGUGCCUCUAUUUCUUGGUGCCAGUCUCUGGAUGGCGGCGGGCUUGCUCAGUUUUGUGUUACCAUUUGAGACUCGAAACAAAGCCAGCUUGUGA